ACAACUUCGAAAUGAAAUCAAAGAACUUGAAAGAUCUUUAGAAACAACUGGAAAUGAACUUAAUUAUGAAAAACAAGUGAGAAGUGCGCAACUUGUUUCUGCUGCACCAUCUGAAGAUAUCAGCUCUUCGAUUGUCGAAGAUUAUCAAAAGCAGAUUGAUGAACUUGAACAAAAACUAUCUGAAAACAAUGAAGAACAAAGUUUAUUACGUGAACAUCUAAAUAAAGUUGAAGUUGAACUGAAAGAAACAAAACAUAAUCAUGAAUUAACAUUGACUAAAUACAAAGAAGAAUUCUUAUCUCUUGUAGAAGAACGAAAUGAAUUGAUUGAACAACAAACACUUUCUUCAACAGAACAUCAACGAGAAGUUGAACAAUUGAAAAAGGACAAUGAUCAAAUACAAGAAGAAUUAACUAAACUCAAGCAAUUACCUGAUUAUCAACAUGUAGAAAUUCAAACACAUGAAGAGUAA